AUGGUUACCUCUAUGAAACAUUCUAUCGAACAUGUACGGGGUGGUGCUGCUCUGCCAUUGCUGCUUCCUGUCGCACAAGCAAGGAAGCAACCUGAGGAUGAAGACGAAGGCUGGGAGCCAGCAGCGGCUGGAGCUGGAGGGUUCGACAGAUCUCUCAAGGAGCAGCGGUCCAAGCAGCUCGCCCCUGCCCGCGGCUUCGGCGUGGCUUGGGCGGCGGCUCUGCCCUGCCGCGGCUUGGUCGUCAUCGGACUCCGCGGAACCUCCACCUCCACCUCCGGCACCAAGGGACGCUCGGACGCCGGGGACACUCGGGCUCGAGCUUGGAAGCCGGCGAGGAGGCGCUUGUGCAGGCCGCGCAGGAGCAGGGGCGGGGAGGACGGUGGCGGCCAUGGCGCGCGCAGGUGCAGGGGCGGGGAGGACGGCGGCCGCCAUGGCGCGCAGGGGCAGGGGCGGAGGUGCUCUUCCGGCGGAGGAGCAGGGGCGCGAGAUCCGACCGUGGCAUGCGCGAAGGCGGAGUACGACGGCGGCCAUGGCGCGCUGUUCCGGGAGGUGAGGGGCGUCCGGGAGGUGAGGGAACGAGCACGGGGGCUGGCUCCACUUGAUCCUGGGCAGACUAAACUGCUUUCACCAGACAAUAUUUACCUCACUGCUGGAUGCUGCCAAGCUAUUGAGGUCAUCAUCUCUGUCCUUGCUCAGCCUGGCUCCAAUGUCUUGCUUCCCAAACCUGGGUUUCCAAUGUACAAGUCGCGGACCAUGUUCAGUAAUCUAGAGGCCCGACAUUUCAACCUUAUUCCUGAUCGUGGCUGGGAGGCUGACCUUGAGUCUCUGGAAGCUCUUGCUGAUGAGAAUACUGUUGCGAUGGUCAUUAUAAAUCCUAGUAACCCUUGUGGGAGUGUAUACUCAUAUGAUCAUUUGGCCAAAAUUGCAGAGACUGCAAGGAAACUUGGAAUAAUAAUCAUAGCUGACGAGGUUGACAAAUUGAUUGAAAACUAUAUGAAUAUCACAAAUGAUCCGGCAACAUUAUCCAGAAGAGCUUGUGUUUCAGCUGAUGUCAAACUUAUGGCUAAUUAUGUCUUACAGGGUGCAGUCCCUCAAAUAAUAGCCAACACAAAGGAAGAUUACUUCAACAAAAUACUUAAUCUUUUGAGGAACUCUGCAGAUUUAUGUUAUAAUAAAAUAAAGGAGACUAGGGGCAUCACAUGCCCUCACAAGCCAGAGGGAUCAAUGUUUGUUAUGGUAAAAUUGGAUCUCUCCUGGUUGGAUGGCAUCCAGGACGAUUUGGACUUCUGCUGCAGGUUGGUGAAAGAGGACUCUGUAAUAGUGUUACCAGGAAGUGCACUAGGAAUGAAGGACUUCCAUACGCUACGGAUGUAG